AUGAUCACCCUGGGCGCUCAGGAAGCAUCUCAGGGACCUUCACAUUUCUCCAAUGAGGCCAGCCGCCCAAGCUGUGCAAAACCUUUCCGCUGCCCCAUGACGUCCCCCAGCGCCGCCCUCUGCACGGCCGUGCGCUCUGGCGACGUCACCGCCACCCGCACCCUACUCGCCGCUCUGCCAUCAUCAGCGCCCUGGCCCCAAGAUGACGACGGGCACUCCGCCCUCCACUGGGCUUCCAUGUCCGACAACCCCGCCAUCCUCCCCUUGCUUCUAUCGGCCCUUUCCUCCACGCGCCCCGUCGAUCUCCGCGCCACUGCCCCCGCCCAGGCAGGGCAGACCCCACUGCACUGGGCCUGCGUGUCAGGAAACGUUACCGCGGUGCAAGCCCUGCUGAACAGCGGCGCCGACCCCGCCGCCACAGAUGAGAAGGGCUACACCGCCGCCACACACGUCGUGCACUAUGGCAGAGUCGACCUGUUGCACAUGCUGACUCGUACUUGCCCGUCGCUCAUGGCGAUGGCGGAUCGGGAGGGGCACACGCUUUUGCAAUGGGCCGCGUACCAUGACCACGCUGGCGUCGUCGUCUACUUGCUCAAAGUUCGCUGCGUAGAUCCGAGCGAGCCGGACGCAUCUGGCAUGACCCCAUUGCACCGCGCCGCGCAACGCGGCCACUCGGUCGUCUCGGAGCAUCUGCUGAGAGGGGGGGCCGACUUCACUGCAAGGAACGCAGCCGGGAGGACGCCAGAGGAGCUUGUGGAGACCCCCCGGGGGCGCACGAAAGCCAUCUUGCGCAUGUGGAGGAUGGGGAAGCUGACAACGGCAAGACCAGUGCCUACAAGGCACACCCUCACGAAAUACGGACUCGUUUUGUUUUAUUGGGUGCUUUUGGUGGUGUCCUUCGUUAAGUAUCGCCAACUAUUGUAUGGGGCAAUGCCGGUCGGGGUGGGGAUGAAUAUUGUUUUUCAUGUGGCGCUGGUCGUGUCUGCGAGCUUGCAUCUCGCCUCCACGUUUGGAGAUCCCGGGGAGAUUGCCCAGGGCACCGCGGAGACUUGCAGAGCGUAUAUUGAGAAGGUAUUGGCAAACGGGACUUCCGAAGCUGCCCUCGUACCGUCUGCAUAUUGCUUCACUUGUCUUGCCCCGCGGCCGCCGAGGUCGAAGCAUUCGAGAGAGAGGGACCGCUGCGUCAGGAAAUUUGACCACGAGUGUCCGUGGGUAAACAACACCGUGGGCCUCUACACCCACAGGACUCUGCUACUCCUCGUUCUGAGCACGUGUGGCGGAGAAUGGGUUUUCAUCUACCUGGUGAUUAAUGGUGUUGCCAAUUCCCCGGGAGUUACAACUGUGACGUCCGCUCUGUUCGCGAUGCCACUACUCUGCAUGGUGAUUGCUAUGCAUUUUUGCAUAUCGCUGUUUUGCGUCAUGCUGUUCCUGACGCACGUUCAACUAGUGGUACUGGCGACGGACAGUGGAGCUUCAAAACUGGACGCAGAGCACGCGAGAGCAAUUCCAGUCUAUCAAACUGAUGAAAGCGACGAAUUGUUCUAUGCGAGAAAUUCGUAA